UGCUGGCAGCCCGUGACCUUAAAUAGGCACCGCGGUCGCGGGGAGGCGGCUAAUUAACACAAUAGCUCGCCCAGCGUCAUGGGAUGAAACCCAGCCUGGCUCUACUACAGAAGCCGAAAGGCUGGUUGACACGGACAUUAAAUGGGUUCAUCCCUGUAGGAUAUUACGGAGUUUAAGACGUAGCACGCUUCGUAGGGGAGUAAACAAAUGGGAGUGCGAUUUCUGGGGCUCCGGUGCUGCAGCAACAGUUCCAGCCUUUCAUACAUUUUGGCUUUGAAGCAGAUCCCGUGCCGCAUCUGUGCUAGGCGACCCGAAAAGUACCGCAGGUGAUUGCACUUAGUAAGAGAAGCAAGGAGGCUGAGACGGCUUUCCUGAGUGUUUACAAGCAAUUAAUCGAAGCUCCAGGCGAACUCUUUGUGGAAUACUUUACAAGCGCCACAUAAGUCCUGAUUCGACAUUUUUUGCUUUGAAUGGCUGCUGUCAACACAAAUCUCUGGCAGAGACUGUAACGGAGCCUGAUUGCUCAGCAAGUAUUUUGAUAAGUGAGCUGGCUGUGUGUCUGUAAUUACGGGAGAAAACCGUAAAUCUUUUGGAUAUUGUUCACACAGAUGUGGCAUGAAGGGAAGGGGGGGAAGCAGUAAAAUGUGUUAAAAGCAUAAUUAAUGUCAUUGUUGUUGGGGAUGAUUUGAUUUAAGGCUGACUUUGACUCGUGGAGGGAUUCAUAGGGCGCCGGUGGAUGUGGUUGAGCAGGUUGGGAUGGGGUGGCAGAGGAGGUGCUGCCCCGGUGGGAGACAGCACCGCAGAUGCGCUGCGGAGGUACUGUGGAUGCACCGUGCAUGCACAUGGAUGCACCGUGCAUGCACCACAGACGCACCGUGGGCGUUCCAUGGGUGCACCGUGGGUGUCCCGUGCUCCGCUUGGAGCUGGGUGGCAACAUGGAGCAGCUGUUACCCCUCAGCUCCAGCACAGAGCCCUCCACCAGGCUCUGGCACAGGGAUGAGCUGCCAGUCCCCAGGGGCACGAGUGCUCCCUGGAUCUGUGCGUGCUCAGGAGAAGGUGAUGAGGACCCAGGACACCUGCCCCAUCCCACCAUCCCGUGGGUGCCUUGAGCUGCUCCAGUGCCUACGCAGCAGAUGUGUGCUGCUGUGGUCGGGGUGUCUGGGGGCGGGUCUGCCGGACCCCCUCCAGCACAAGGAACGGCUCCUGGCCCUACUCCCCUGUGCCAAGCUGGGGACACCAGGAGGGACCCCUGCCCACCACCCAUCCCUACUGCAGCAUUACCGGUGGCACUAAAGGACAGCCAAUAACGCCAGCUAGUGGCAGCAUUUAUUAUAUAUACGUGUGUGUGUAUGUAUGUAUAUAUAUAUAUAUAUAUAAUAUUAUAUAUAUAAAUGUAUUAUAAAAUAUAUAUAAGUGGGUGAACAUAUGGAGCAAUAGAUAAGCAUGCCUGGGCAGCAGGUUCUGCCUUGUGGCUGGGACUGGCUGUUACCCACAUGAGCUGGCCAUGCUGGCCGUGGGCGAUGCCGUGCCACAGUCCCUGGACAUGCAGGAGCUGCAGUGGGCGGACACAGUGCUGGAGGUCCUGUUUUGGCACAUGCUUCUCUGGCGUCACCCAUCUGUGCUGCCGGUGAGUCACUGCUGCGGCGGGGCUCACAGCUGCAUGGCUGCGGCGUCAGUGCCAUCGUCUCCUCUAACCUGGCAUGAUGGGGGCCAUGACCUACGGAGGAAGGGACUGUCCCCUGCACCGUGACCUGCGUCCUGUGUGGCUCAGAGCGUGGUGGCACGUGGCAUCCAUGGCACCUUGGUGUGAGCAGAUGAUGUGCUUGGGUUUAAGUGCAUCCCCUCUCCAGCCCAGCACCAGGAGGGUUUGCUCAGCAGCAGCAUGAGCGUGGUGCGAGCAUGGUGUGAACAUGGCACGAGCUUGGUGCCCGGUGCCGGCAGCGCCUUGGUGCAUCCAAACACCUCACCUGAGGUGGUGGAGCCGGCCCCAUGGCCAAAGGCAGCGCUUUCCCAGUGGAUGGACCGUGUAGUUUUAUCACAAUGCAAUUAAUCCAGCCAGGCGUUUCGCAUCAGCGCUGCCCCAGCUGGUGUAGAAAGUGGAGUCAAAGCACCACUUGGGUUUUUUCCCUUCUAAAAGCUCUGCUCCCAACCAUUUCAUCCUGGGAUGUUGGCUCCAAACAGGGAGCAGUGCACUGGGGGAUCGCCCCAGCUGUAUUUCAGCAGUGGAGCUGCAGCUCAUGGGAGGGAAAAUGCUGACCCGAGGAAAAUCCUCAGAGCUUUAUUGCUCGGGCCAGUUCCUCCCGUAUUAUUUCUUAUCACGAAGGUGAGAGGAGUUGCCGGUGCAGAUCAGACAGGGCCUGCCCCAGCAUUUAUCCCAGCGGAGGCAGCUUGCAGGCUGGCACGGAGCCUUCUGCCAACACCCCCGGGGCUGGGGGAGUGCGGGGGGGACCCCUGGCCCCUCCAGCCUGUGAGCUGGCGCCCCGGAGCACAGGGUUUAAUUAACUGUAUUGUUAUCUCAGCUCAUGUACUUACGGGUGUUAUUAAUGGCUGUGAGAGCAUCUAGUCCAGUUUGGGGCUGUGCCGCAUCACCACAACCCGCUUUGAUGGCACAUUCCUGUAUCCUUGGAUGGGGAACCAGCCUGCAGGAUGCCAAGCUGUGACAUGCCAUGAGCUGAAGGAUGCUGAGCCGAAGGACGCCACGAGCAGCCCAGGAGGGUCCCAGCCAGAACCGAGUCCCCCUUUUCAGUGCCAAAGCCAGCAGCCUGCUGGCUGGGCUCAGCACUCGCCUCUGCAUGCAUCCCUGUGGCCAGGAUCUGGGCACAAAUCUUUUAUCCUGGCAUGUCCUUGGGGUGUCUGUCAUGUCCAGCAGAAAAAAGGGGGAAUGUUCCCUGCAGGGAAUGAUGCUCCAGGGGCUUUCAGUGUUAGCAUGUGGGGUCCGUCAGUCGCUGGUCCUGCAGGGAAGAUGUGUGGCGGGUCCUGCAGUGAGACCCUGCACCCCACAGCAAUGAUGCUGUAGGAUGGGAAGGCAGCAGCGGAUCGGAGGGAGUCCCAAAGUCCAUCCUGGGGGACACGUGACUUGGCACCACUUGUUUGCAAGGAGCAUCCGUGCUAGGCAUUUACAGUGAGGAUCACAGGCCAAAUCCUGCAUCUUUUGGGCAGGUUCAUCCUGACGAUGCCUGGUGCUGCGGUUGGGCUGUGCCAGCGCAGUCCCGGACCACCCUGAAUCCUGUGGCAUGGCCAAGGUGGUGCCAGGCCCCCUCCAUCCUGCACCACUGCCAUCUCAGCCAGGGACUCACUGAGCAGAAGAGCUGCUCUGUGUCCUGUUCGGAGUGAAGGCAGCCCGUUGUUUGAUUUUUUUCCAUCACCGUUAUUAUUUUUUACCCUUGGAUGCCUGCCACGCGUCCGUGCCGUACAGUAGCAUGCCUGGCUCCAUCCCACUUCCCUGUUUGUCUAACUUUUUGACCCUGGAGAAUUCAAAUCUAUUUUCUUUCCUCUUCUUUUCUAAAAAAAAAAAACAAAACAAACCAAAAAACAAGCCCCCAAACCUAUAUUAACCUGGCUCAAUAGGAGGCAUUUUCUUGAACUUAUUAAAAAAUCCAGACUUGUAAAUUAAUUUGUUCAUGUUGUACAAUGGCAGUGCAGAUGGACUCAUUAGCAUGCACACAACAAAUAAUUAUAGAUGAAUUUUUAGCUGGCCUGCUUAAUGGGCUUGCUGGGUUAAUUAUGUCAAUGUAUAAUUACAUCAGCCCUGGGAGACAUAAUGGCACACCCUGCUGAGCAGACACUAGCUAAUGAUGGUGUAAUGCUGACAGAGGGAAGACGGACGGCUCUGAAUGCACCUGCUUACCUCGGCACAAACCGCCAUUGUCUGCGCCCAAACGGGCCGGCACUGGUGGCACCGGGGCCACCGGUGCUGCGGGUGCCACUGGCUUGCUCAGGCAGGUGAUGCCCCAUGCAGCCCUGCUGGCCCCUCCAUCCCUUGGGGCUGGCGGUGGAAAGUGCUGGAUCAAGGGGUGUCCCCAUGGCACUGGGCACCCCACGGGGUUCCCCAGGGCUGGAAGGGAAUGUGCUCUGGUUUUCAGUGGAGGCUGGCAGGGAGGGUGGGCAGAGGGCUGGCGGUGGGCAUCCCUGCCGCUCACCGCCGCAUCCCGUGUCCCACAGACCCCGCUCCUGUGCUGGAGGCUGCCCGGAGCCUGGAGGACCGGCUGCAGCAGCUCCAGCGCCUCGAGCCCGAACCGUCCCCCCUGAAGGAUCUCAGCCGCCCCUGGAAGAAACACCCAGAGCUCGUCGGCGCCAAAGAGCACAGAGAGGGGACGUCGCCAGCAACUGGACUUGCAGCAGCGGCGGAGCCCCCGUUCUCUGGCGUCGACGGCAAAGCACUGUGCACAGAAACCUUGCUGCAGAGAAAUGAGGCAGAAAAGCAAAAGGGACUGCAGGAAGCACAGGUCACUUUGGCUGCUCGGCUGGGGGAGGCAGAGGAGAAGAUCAAAGUGCUCCACGCAGCGCUGAAGGCCACCCAGACGGAGCUGCUGGAGCUGCGGUGUAAAUACGACGAGGAAGCUGCAUCAAAGGCAGAUGAAGUAGCCAUGAUCAUGACGAACCUCGAAAAAGCCAACCAGCGAGCAGAGGCGGCGCAGAGGGAGGUGGAGAGCUUGCGGGAGCAGCUGGCAGCCGUGAAUAGCUCCCUGCGCCUGGCCUGCUGCUCCCCGCCGGGCGCUGCCGGGCAGGACAAAGUGAACUAUUCCAUGUGCUCAGGGUCGAGGCUGGAGGCGGCUCUGGCUGCCAAAGACCGGGAGAUCCUGCGGCUCCUGAAAGACGUCCAGCACCUCCAGAGCUCGCUGCAGGAGCUGGAGGAGUCCUCUGCCAACCAGAUUGCCGAGCUGGAGGGGCAGCUGGCCGCCAAGAACGAAGCCAUCGAGAAGCUGGAGGAGAAGCUGCAGGCGCAGGCGGACUACGAGGAGAUCAAAACGGAGCUGAGCAUCCUGAAGGCAAUGAAGGUGGCCUCCGCCAGCUGCAGCCUUCCCCAGGCAAGUGCUGCGGCGUGUGCCGGCAUGCUCGCCGGGCUGUGGCACGCGUGCCAGCCCUGCCGCCAGUGGCUCCGCCGCCCUUUCCCAUCUCGGCUUGGCUCCUUGCAGAGCAUAUCGAAGGCAGAGGAGGCCCUGCUGCUGGGGAAGGAGGCUUUCUACCCUUCCCAGAAGUACCUGCUGGAGAAGCCCAGCCUGCUGGCCAGCACUGAGGAGGAUCACUCCGAAGACGAGUCGGGGAAGGAUUCGCUGGGCAUGGAGCAGCCGUACCCAUCCCCCCAACAUGCCCCGGCAGACGAACCCACCUCCCCCACUCCCCUCCCACCUCUUCCCGGUCCCGGCCUGGCUCCUGAUGGCCCCCAGACUUUCUCACUGUCCCCCUUCCCAGGGGGCGAGCGGCUGUCAGGAGACCCCAAGGCCCCCCACCCACCACUGCCUGCCUACAAGAAUGAGAAUGCCAGUGUGGGGCCACCCUUCCCCUCUGCCUUCUUCGGGGCCAAGGGCAGUGCCACGCACCCUGGCACCGCGCCGGCUGCCAGUGCCACCAGCCCGCCUGGCGAGCCAUCCGAGGGCAGCACCAGCAGCUCUGCCGAGGAGGAGCAGCUGGACACAGCCGAAAUCGCCUUCCAGGUGAAGGAGCAGCUGCUGAAGCACAACAUCGGGCAGCGGGUCUUCGGGCAUUACGUGCUGGGGCUGUCGCAGGGCUCUGUCAGCGAGAUCCUGGCCCGACCCAAGCCCUGGCACAAGCUGACGGUGAAGGGCAAGGAGCCGUUCAUCAAGAUGAAGCAGUUCCUCUCCGAUGAGCAGAACGUGCUGGCCCUGAGGACUAUCCAGGUGCGCCAGAGAGGUAGCAUCACGCCACGGAUCAGGACGCCGGAGACUGGCUCUGAUGAUGCCAUCAAAAGCAUCCUGGAGCAGGCAAAGAAGGAGAUCGAGUCACAGAAGGGAGGGGAACCCAAAACACCAUCAGCAUCGCAAACAGUGGCCAACGGGACAGGCGGCAGCAGCUCAGAGGACGCCAUCAAGAGCAUCUUGGAGCAGGCACGGCGGGAGAUGCAGGCACAGCAGCAGGCGCUGCUGGAGAUGGAGUCAGGGAGCAGUGGGCGCCCCGGGGACACAUCGCCUGCCGAGCGCUCCACGCUGGCCACCGUCAGCCAGAACAUCGUUCCGACCUAUGUCAAGCAGGAGGAGGGGAGCGGGACCAGCCCUGGCCCCCCGCAGACGCCCCUGGCCGUACUCUCACCCGCUGCCUUUGUCCAGAGCAUCAUCCGGAAGGUGAAGUCGGAGAUCGGCGAUGCUGGCUCCUACUUCGACCAGCACUGGGCAUCGGAGCGGAGCCUGCUCAGCCGACCCUACACCUCUGUCUCGCCUUCGCUCUCCUCCUCCUCCUCGAGCUACUCCAGCAUGGCCAACGGCCGGGGCUGGCCACGGGGCGAGCCCAGCGAGGGUGGCACCAACGAGGACGAGCUGCCACCAGCAGACGAUGAACCCCACCGGCUGACAGAGAUGAAGACGGAGGGAGCUGGUGCAGAGCCAGCAGCUGGUGGUCGUCUCUCCUACUACCCCACCUACGUGCCACGGACCCUGAAGCCCACCGUGCCACCACUGACACCCGAGCAGUAUGAGAUGUACAUGUACAGGGAGGUGGACACGCUGGAGCUGACUCGGCAGGUCAAGGAGAAGUUGGCCAAGAACGGCAUCUGCCAGAGGAUCUUUGGAGAGAAGGUGCUGGGGCUGUCCCAGGGCAGCGUGAGCGACAUGCUGUCGCGGCCCAAGCCGUGGAGCAAGCUGACGCAGAAGGGUCGGGAGCCUUUCAUCCGUAUGCAGCUCUGGCUGACCGACCAGCUGGGCCAAGGCAUCAGCCAGCAGCCAACACCCUCCCAGGCCAGCCCGGUGGAGCCCCAGCCGUCCCCCUCGCCGCCCCCCAGCCCUGCCGAGCAUGAGAAGGGCUGCCAGGAGCCCCUCACCCUGGCCUUGGAGAGCAGCAAGGAAAACCAGCAGCCCGAGAGCCGGUCGACGCCUGCGAUGGGUGGGAAGACGUACCCCAACAGCCAGGGACCUGUGGGCAUCCAGGAGAUCGUUGCCAUGUCCCCCGAGCUGGACACCUACUCCAUCACCAAGAAGGUCAAGGAGGUCUUGACAGACAACAAUUUAGGCCAGCGGCUGUUCGGGGAGAGCAUCCUGGGCCUGACGCAGGGCUCGGUGUCCGAUCUCCUCUCCAGGCCCAAGCCGUGGCACAAGCUGAGCCUGAAGGGGAGGGAGCCCUUCGUCCGCAUGCAGCUCUGGCUCAACGACCCCCACAACGUGGAGAAGCUGCGUGACAUGAAGAAGCUGGAGAAGAAAGCCUACCUGAAACGUCGGUACGGGCUGAUGAGCACCGGCUCGGACAGCGAAUCCCCCAGCGCCCGCUCCGAGUGUGCCAGCCCCAGCCUGCAGCCACAGGACCUCAGCCUCCUCCAGAUUAAGAAGCCACGGGUGGUGCUGGCCCCAGAGGAGAAGGAAGCCCUGAAGAAAGCCUACCAGCUGGAGCCCUACCCCUCCCAGCAGACCAUUGAACUGCUCUCCUUCCAGCUCAACCUUAAGACCAACACCGUCAUCAACUGGUUCCACAACUACAGGUCACGGAUGCGCCGGGAGAUGCUGGUGGAGGGCACGCAGGACAAUGACACAGACCCGGAGCAGAGUGGUGGGGCAGCCGUCCCCGGGCGCCGGGCCCCCCACAGCCCCGAUUCAGACACCGAGGACCGUAAACCUGUGUUUGGGGGGGGCGAGCACCCCUGUGCCGCGGUGCCCGUGAAGGUGAAGGAGGAGCAGGGGGAGGCAGGUGGCUGGGGCCGCCGGCGGGACUCACGCAGCCCAGCCGGGGCGGCCGAGGGGACCGGACCUCCCCAGGAGGAGCGGGGGGCAGCCCCCCAUGCAGCUGCCCCCAGCGCCGGCAGCCUUCCGCGGCGGGGCGGCCGUGCUGGUGCUGCCGCCGGAGGACCCGCACCACCACCACCACCGCACCCCGACAGCUCCCAGUCCUCUGCGGGCUCAUCCCGUUGCAGUUUGGAGGUCUCCCCAACAUCACCCUCAGCAGCAUCCUCGCCUGGUCUCACCGGCUCGGCCUCACCGGGGCCAUCCUCUGCCGGGCCGGUCUCACCGGCACUGCCGCCAGCCCCCGGCCCCCGGCUCAGCACCAGCGUCCAGCGGCGCCAUGAGAAGAUGGCCAACCUCAACAACAUCAUCCACCGCCUGGAGCGGGCUGCCAACCGUGAGGAGGCCCUUGAGUGGGAGUUCUGAGCCCCCCUGCCGCCCUAAAUAUAUAUAUAUAUAUACACCCCCACAUAUAUAUAUAUAUUUUGUUAAAUGCAGCACGCACCAAGAGGUGACAUGUGGCCAGCGUCACGGAGGGGAGCACCCAUGGAAAGGGGGGGCCCCCACUACAAUGCCGCCCCCCUCCCCGGCUUUGUUUUAAAUGUGAAAAACUGGGAACAAUUUUAGAAAAGAAAAGAAAAAAAGAAAAAAAAAACCAAACAAAAAAUAUUUAUAGACCUCUUUUAGAUAUUUUAAUAAAAGGAUACUUUGGAAUUUAUUAACAGCUUAAGCUGCUUUGAUAUUAAAGAUAGCUAUAAAAUCAGGAUGAUGUAGCAGUCGUGUCAUUAAAUGUACACUGAAGUCUUGUAGUUUGCCACUGGAUGAGAUUAAAAACAAACAAGAAAAAAAAAACAAACCACAGAAAGACUUACUGAGCAAAGCCAUCAAGAAGCACUAUGAGACUGACCAAAUUUAAUAAACUCUUGCCGAGCAGUUUCCACCUCUGUCUGUAAGACACUGCAUCGCUUCUGCCCCAGCCAGAGACUGCGUCAUAGUCCCUGAAGACUCUAAAGCAAAAACCCUGAUGCCAUCGAGUAUGUAUUUAGUUCUGGUGGUUUAUGUUUUUUGAAAACCUUUGUAACACAGAAUGUCCCGUGCGGUUGUAUAUGUUGUAGAAAUGUCUGCAAUAGCCUUCUGGAACAAGAUGUAGCAUGGUCCGAACGCCGUCCUUCGCGCUUCCUCCAGCCAGUGACCAGUGGCAGCCCUGAUACGGCACAGCACGGCUCCUGCCAGCUCCCCGGGAAGAGAACAAAAUAAGGCAAAAGCUAUGCAAGCAACCUGUGCUUGUGAUUUUGGGAGCGAGGUGGGAAGAGGUACCCACAUGUGAUGCUCAGGGAUGGCUCUGGCUCGCUGGGGAUGGACAUCUAUGAGAUCCCGGUUCCCCACGUUCUGCCAUCGUUUGGGAAAGAAAAAGAGAUGAAGCCUUGGAGCUUUGCCCCUGGGGCACCAGUGCUUGGGGACGAGCAUCCAAAAAAUCAUGAGCUGCCUACUCACAGGGGGCCAAACCCUGCUCGGGGCUGCUCCCAGCAUCACAGCCAGCUCUUGCGGCUGAAGCACUUUUCCCUAGGGAGAGUGCCCGGGCAGGAUGAGCAUCCCCUCAUUGCAGCCAUGUCCUCAGACAGGGGCUGCCGCUGAAGCCAGGAUGAGCCCCAGGGUGUUGUGACAGGCUCCUGCCUGAACUGGGCAAGCUCAAACCUGAAUUGGGCAAAGUACCAUCAAGCAUUGGCUUUGCAGGGCUGACCCUGCGCAGGAGCUCAGCAGUGGCACCAUCCUGGCGUGUUCCCCGCCGCCUCCCUGCCCCCAGCACUGCCAGCCAGCUUCUGCUAAUGAAAUGCCUUUAAAAGAUGGGGGGUGGCCAGUGCUGGGCUGGUCUGCCCUGUUCCCUGCCCGCAUAGCAUCAGCCAUCACCCACCAAGGCCACCACCGCUGGGAGGGCUCCCCCGCCAGGCUUCGAGGCUAUGCAUUGACUAAUUUUCCACUGUAUACAUUUUUAUCAGAAUAGAAGGUAUUUUUAUAUUUGGGUGGUAGUCGAUGAGCGAUGCUAAAAGUGGCUCUUGUGAAGGCACAGCUCUGCUUGCCCGCCUGCCCUGCCCCAGCAAGCCCCAGCUUGCCCGCGGCCGCUCUUCCCUUGCCACCGCGCUGCAGAAGGUCGAGGCGCGACCAUUGACUGCUCGUCUCCGUCAUGUGCUAGCAGGAGCUUUAGUGGAACGGGAUUUGAGGAAGCACUUAGGAUAGUCUUGAAGACGGCAAUCCUGUUGUAUUAAAGCUAGCGGGACAUACCAAUCACGUUUUUGUUAGGCUCAUGUACUGUACUUCAAAAGUUUCUAUGAGAUCGAUGAACUUUGUUUAACAAUUUUGGAAGGAACAAGUUCUGUAAAGAGCCACUAAAUACAGAAGUUGGAUACGA